GAACAAGCGUCAUUCGAGCUCCAGCAAAUAUCAAAAAUUAUCUCGGGCUUCAUUCUACGCUGCACAUAACAGAACAGGAUGACUCAAAUUUGUAUUUCUUACCGAUAUGGACCCUAAUUGGGUUGCAAAUCUCAGUUCUGCAUUUGUUUUGAUAUUGACACUCAGUUUGGAGUACAACAGCACCCAUUGUUCACGAUGAUGCCGUCCCCAAUGCGCCAAUCAAUGUUGCCCCUCCUCAACUCCACCACCAAGGUGUACGGCGCACCACGAGCAUUCUCGACAACUUCUGCCCUUCUCCGUCGAGUCGCGAAUCCAACCAUACCGGGCACCUCCAUCAAGAUCUUCCGAGAUGUACCUGCGUUACGCCAGUGGCGCCGCAAACAAUUAAUUGAUCAUCGAAUGGUUGGUCUCGUGCCAACCAUGGGAGCUCUUCACGAGGGUCACCUAUCACUUAUUCGCCUUGCCGCUGCAGAAAACUCAAAUGUCGUAGUGAGCGUCUAUGUUAACCCGACCCAAUUUGGCGUCCACGAAGAUCUUGAUAGCUAUCCGAAGACAUGGGAAAAGGACUGCAAGAUGUUGAAGGAACUCGAUAUGGAACUAGCCGACAAUGGGGAUAUGGGCAAGAUCGCAGCUGUAUUUGCGCCUACAACAGAAACAAUGUACCCCAGUGGACCGCCGAGUCAAGAAGUUGCGGCUAAAGGAAGCUUCAUCACCAUUACACCAGUUGGAGAGCUACUAGAGGGAGCAAGCCGCCCAACAUUCUUCAGAGGAGUGGCUACUGUCUGCAUGAAGUUGUUCAAUAUUGUUAUGCCAGAUAGUGUUUAUUUUGGACAGAAGGAUGUACAACAGACUGUUGUUAUAAAGAAGAUGGUUAAGGAUUUCUGCUUUGACACUAAAGUUAUCAUCGGAGAAACCCAAAGAGAGCAUGAUGGCCUUGCAUUGAGUUCACGGAAUGUUUAUUUGGGAACGAGGAGAAGAAAUGUAGCUACGGCAUUAUCAAAUAUGCUCAAAGUUGCGGAGCAGGGAUAUAAUCUUGGACGUCGUUCACGAGAUGAGCUCCUAGGGCCUGCACUGGAACUAUCAAAAUUGUUAUUGAUGGAACAGCAUCAAUUGAAGCCCGAAGAACGAGUAAGAUACAAGGUGGAUUAUAUCUCUUUAGCUGAUCCUGAGACGAUGGAGGAAAUCCAGGAGGUUGACGAAACAAAAGGGGCAAUCUUGAGCGGUGCAAUUAAGAUGCUGCCAGUAGAAGCACCACAAGUUGGAGAGGAUCUCGGUUUAUCUGAUGGACCCCCAGUCAGGCUGAUAGAUAACAUCAUACUGAAACCUGUCAAGGUCUAAGUUGCUAAGCUACAUAGAUAGAAUUUACAUAUACUAGAGAACAAACGGCGAUUUUUGCUCGCCAACUUCAUCCCGAGUGUUCCGAACUAUUGUACUGCAACAAGCGAUUCCCAUAAAUCAAGCUCACCGAAAAC